CUCCUCAGCCAAUGGCGUCAGGGCAGCGGCUGCUGUCAGGCCAAUCGCAGCGGCGGGGCGGGGCUGGCGGCCGCGGGCUCGCGGGGCAGGUUGCUCCGCCGCGAUGGCCUCCAGCGGGGAGGAACGAAGGAGCAGCUCCCCGAGCCGGGCAGGCACCGGCACCGAGCCAUCAUCGACGGCUGACUCCACUCAGCUGGACACGACGGAGGAUUUCGAGGUCCUGGAGGAAGAAGAGGACGACGACGACCUGAGCGAGCUGCCUCCGCUGGAGGACGUGGGCAGGCCGCCCGCGCCGCCGCAGGAGGACGCUCAGCCCGCGGGGGAAGCAGCAGAGGACCCCCAGGAGUGGCUCGAUGUCCUGGGGAGCGGCUUGCUCAAGAAGAAGACGCUGGUGCCGGGGCAGGGGGUGGACACUCGUCCCCGCAAGGGCCAGGACGUGACCAUCCGGCUGAAGGCCACCCUGGAGGAUGGCAGCGUGGUGGAGGAGAAUCCUGCCCUCACCUUCACACUGGGGGACUGUGAUGUCCUGCAGGCCCUGGACCUAUGUGUGCAGCUCCUGGAGAUGGGGGAGACAGCUCUGAUCCAGUCAGAUGCAAAGUACUGCUAUGGCGUUCAGGGCAGGAGCCCUGACAUCCCACCCAACGCGGCCCUCAGCCUGGAGGUGGAGCUGCUGGCAACUCGGGAUGCGCCAGACCUGGAGCUGCUCAGCGGGAAGGAGAAGGUUGAGCUGGCCAACCGCAAGCGGGAGCGCGGCAACUUCUUCUACCAGCAGGCAGACUACGUGCUGGCCAUCAACUCCUACGACAUUGCCCUGAAGGUCAUCACCUCCAGCUCUAAAGUUGACUUCAGCCCAGAGGAGGAGGCCGAGCUGCUGGAUGUGAAGGUGAAGUGUCUCAACAACCUGGCAGCCUCUCAGCUGAAGCUGGACCAUUAUGAGGCAGCCCUCAAGUCCUGCAACCUCGUCCUGGAGCACCAGCCAGGGAACAUCAAAGCUCUCUUCCGAAAGGGCAAGGUCCUGGCUCAGCAGGGAGAGUACAGAGAGGCCAUCCCCAUCUUAAAGGCAGCGUUGAAGCUGGAGCCUUCAAACAAGACCAUCCACGCUGAGCUCUCCAAGCUGGUGAAGAAGCACGCAGACCAGAGGAGCCUGGAGACAGAGAUGUACAGGAAGAUGCUGGGGAACCCCAGCGCUGCCAGCACCCCGGGCAAGUGCAAAGACAAACUGCCGUGGUCCAUUCCCUGGAAGUGGCUCUUCGGGGCGACUGCCAUCGCGCUGGGCGGUGUGGCACUGUCUGUGGUCAUCGCGGCAAGGAACUAAGGAUGGUGGCAGGGGUGGCCCCGUGGCACAGGACCUGUGCCAGAUUGUGCCUCUCUCCUGCGAAGGGGCUGCCCUGGAGCUCUCCACCGACCCCUUCCCAUGGACUUGCAGUUGCUUUUCUCUGCCAGAGGUGCCAGAUUCCCCUCUCCAUGUGCCCCCAUAUCCCUCCUGGCACAGGGAUGGAGCCGGAGGCAGAGCAGAGACCCCCAAGCACCCUCCUGGCAAUGAGAGGCCGUUGGAGGGGAGGAGGAGCUCCUGCACGUCGGUGGUCUGCUGUGGCUGUCCUCACGGGCAGGGGCCAGGCACGGUGGGUCCCACAUGGAUGUGGAGGAGCACAGAGAUGCUCUGGCUGGGCCCAGCCGCGCAGAGGGGCAUGUGCAGUGAGAUUCCCUGUGCCAGCCACUCAGCCCUCCCCAGGCCCCCACUCCCCUCAGCAUUCCCAGACUGUGCAAUGUCCAAAGGAAGCCAAAGAAGCCUGUGGCGGGAGGGGUGCAGGAGGGGAAUGCCAGAGCCCUCCUCUCCAGGCUGUCUCCUGUGGGUCCAAGCUUUUUGGUUGUGGGGAGGGUCCCUGUUUGCCCUACAGCUUUCUGCAGCCUGGGGGCCUGCUGCUGUUCCUGUCUCAGCUCUGCUCAUGGAGGGAGGGGGGGUUGUAGCACUGUCCUCCCACCCCCAAAUCAACUGUGAACUUCCCAAAUAAAAGACAAUUUCCUUCA